AUGGCAAAAGUGUUCAUAUCUAUAUACAAACCAUUUCUACCUACAACUCCAUCCCCUGAAGACAAACCAUUUCUACCUACACCACCACCUCCUACAGAAAAACCACCUGUACCUACAACACCACCUCCUAUGGACAGACCAUCUCGACCUACAACUGCACCUCCUGCAGACAAACCAGUUCUACCUACAACACCACCUCCUACAGACAAACCACCUGUACCUACAACACCACCUCCUAUGGACAGACCAUCUCGACCUUCAACUCCACCUUCUGCAGACAAACCAUUUCUACCUACAACUGCACCUCCUGCAGACAAAUCAGUUCUUCCUACAACACCACCUCCUACAGACAAACCACCUGUACCUACAACACCACCUCCUAUGGACAGAUCAUCGCCACCUACAACACCACCUCCCACAGAAAAACCACCUGUACCUACAACACCACCUUUCAUGGACAGACCAUCUCGACCUACAACACCAUCUCCUACAGAAAAUCCACCUGUACCUACAACACCACCUCCUAUGGACAGACCAUCUCCACCUACAACACCACCAACUAAAGAAAAAACACCUGUAUCUACAACACCACCUCCUAUGGACAGACCAUCUCGACCUACAACACUACCUCCUACAGAAAAACCACCUGUACCUAUAACACCACCUCCUAUGGACAGACCAUCUCGACCUGCAAACCCACCUGCUUCAGACACACUAUGA